GUGAUAUGGGUUCCGGAGAAGGCAAGCCCCACUGGAGUGUCUAUGAUGGCGUGAAGAUGAUAAUCGCGGCGACACCUGAGGCUCUGAUGGCGGAGAUCGAUUCGGCUAUUUCCAAUCUUGAAUAUGCUCGUGCCACAUCUCUUCUCGAAUCUUCUUCUACCUUUACCCCGAACCAGAGGUCUGGUGGCACUGGUGCUUUUUUGAUGGCUCAAUAUGAUGCCCGUGAGGCAGACGAAGCUUACAAAGCAGGGUGCGCUGCGUUGGCUGCUGGCAAACUUGAUGAGGCUCUUCAUUAUUUGAACACUUCUCUUUCGAAAUGCCCACCUGAUAAGACCUCGGCCAUUGCCAAGCUACAGGCUUUGAUUUCUCUUACAUCUCAGCAACUUCAGUGAUCUGCCAACUGAACCGUUGGAGUUUAUGUUUCCAGAACGUAGUUGGGUUUUCCCUUCUCGAACUCUACCCUGUGGUCAGAUGCAUGCCUCCGAUGAGAUAGUCUGUUGGAAUAAAUAGCAGUUGCAAGAUUCUUUAGAGCUCUUCAUUUCCAGUGGAGGACAUGACUUGUAUACAGCUUGAAGGGAUAGAGCACUCGAGUUCACUGUUGAAAGUUUUCAGAUUUAGUCCGGAUCCUCAGUUCAGCCGAGAUUAUGGUUUUAGAGUUUUAGGGAACCAUGGGCGUGUUUUACCAUGAAGAUGCUCCAAACCAUACCACUCCUAGGAGAUACAAAUGUCUUGCAGCAACCCUGAAGGAAGCAUUCUCCCAUUGCCGUACGUUCCGUGGACGGCUUUCAACUGCAAGCCUCGAUGAAGAGUUCCCUAACAGUGAUUUUGAUGACGAACAGGAAGUGGUUGUUUCAGCGGUUAAAAGCCGAGCAAUGGAGAGACAGAAGCACAAACCAGGCGUCACGAGAGACGGCUUUUCCUGGGUUUACUCUCCUGAGACAAGAGAACUGUUUAUCACUCAGAUGGUGACGCCACAUGAAAGGGAAGACGUCGAUGAUGAUGAAAAAGAAGAGUUCUUGUCGGUCAAAAGUUGUUUCUCAUGUCGCUCGAGUGUUGUGAGUGGUGGAGAACAGUUUUAUUCCGUGAGGACAAACUUCUCGCCAUGUUCAAGCUUCAACGAUCUUGACUUCCCUGAGUAUUGGAGGCGCUCCAUUAUUCUGGAACUCUGUCAUUGCGAGGGAUGGCCAUUUGGCCUCUGCAGGAAAGCUGUGUUACUACCACCCCUGCCCAAGUCCCCUUCUGAUUCAUGGCUGUGGCGUAAAAAGCAGCAGAGUACGAAAGAUGCCUAAGGUUAUUUAGCUUUUGUUGAAGUUAACCACAGUUUAUGCUUCAUGUAUAUCCCUGUAAGAAAUAAAUUCCGAUGUAACUCGUAACACGAGACGAGAGGAGAAGAAAUGUAUGCGUAUGAGAGUCAUUGCCGGAGGUAGAGGAUGAACCACGGUGCAAAAUGUAAAACGCAGUUUCAAUAUAAAAGAGAAGGAAUGGAAAUGCGAAUUAAAAUUA